AUGUACACACGAUGGAUGCUGAAUAUCCGUAUUCCACAGGUACCGCCACAUCCAGGGGACGAAUCCAAUCUCUUCAGGCACGCCAUCCAUUGCGAGCCUAUGAAGGCUACCUUUCCACAACUCUACAGAUUCUCAAGGUCCUCGAAGACCCCUCUGGCAAAUGUAUUUGCUGCUGGUACUAAUUACAUUACAACUGGGAAUCAUACUAGUAGUAGCUACAACCAUGCCACAGAUGAUGACGUGACAUCCGAGGUACUGCAAAACGACGGGCAGUUUUACCACGCGUUCCAAACUUUUGUAUCUGAAAAUCCUGAGGUGCUUCCGUAUCUCGGUCUUUUUUCGGAGGAGUAUUUUCGUAUCAGCAGGCUUUACUCGCGUGUGAACGACAAGCUCGUCCAUGGGACAGCGGCAUCGGACCCGGUCGCUAUGGCGGUGCUGAGACCCUUUUUGCUGGGUUCCUCUUCCACGACUGUUGACGCAAGUACAUCACAGCACAAUGAAGCACAUGUUGACUUGAGAAUGAGGAUAGACGACCACCUUGAUCCAUUACCACCUUUUUUGAAGGGUAUCACUUUCGACGCCCAUGGCAAACUGAGCGCCGAAGUGCGGGAAUCUCUCAAGUCGAACCGGACUUUCACGAAGGCUCAGGUUACUGCUUUUUUGGAGAGGUUCGCUGCCGGUCAGGAUGGAACCAUUGACUUCUGCGAAAUGGCGCGGGAAAGCGUGCAUCGUCAUUACGGUGGAGACCUCGAAGCUGACGAGGCUUUUCAAGAUGAGCCAGUCUCACGACAGGAUUCUUCUCCAUAUGAGGACGCCGAUGCGUCGGAGCAGGCGAUUACGGAGAAAUUGACAAGCGCACUGCGACUUUUUCGCUUUGUUUUCCACCUCGACGACAGCGCUUUGUCUGCGCAGCUGGCUUUUGCUGAUCUGAAGGAAAUUUUGAAUAUUGGAAGCAUAUCAACCGACGAGGCUGCUACUUUUUGUAUCUCACGUUUGCGCGAUGCUCUGUGCAGUCUCCGUGUUGGCGCCGUUCUUUUACCUGCGUAUGACAGUGGCCAUGGGGACCUGGAGGAACGAGCAGCAAGUACGAGCGAGCUCUUGAUAACGGUGCCCGACACGUAUCUCCACGAGAAGCUACUUUUUGUUUCUGAAGGAGAGGGAGCGCCCGUGCUCCCCUCCCAGGAGCGCUGUCGGUGGCAAUCGGCGAAUCCUGCUUUUUCUGGACGCGGUUGA